UCAUGACUGGUUUGACUACUCAGACCUCAUUAGGCAGAAUGAAGCUUCAUGUUCUGUAAAUCAGACUGCUGGAUUAACAUGAGGUGGUCUUGGCACAGUAGACUUCUCACUGCAGCUUUCAUUUGUAUAACGUUAGCUGAAGCAAUGACUGUCAAAACAACAGAAGGAGAAAAACUACAAAUUGUCUGUGAAUACGACUGCGGGUAUAAGUUAUACAAUAAAUACUUCUGCCGAUACCCGUGUAAAAGUAAUGACGUCCUUGUCUGGUCCAGUAAACCUGAAACCCUGGUGAACAGAGGCAGAUUCCAUCUGUUUGAUUACUCCUCAGACUGCAAGAUCAGAGUGACUGUGGACAACGCCCGACUCACAGAUACUGGCAUAUAUUACUGUGGCAUUGAAAGAUCUUUCUGGUGGGACAUAUUCACUGAAGUACUCAUUAAAGUUGAAAAAGGGCCUUCCUCCACGGUGACUCCAGUAUGGACGACACAGCAACACAGCAGAGUAACGGCAGAGUCCACCAGAUCAUCUGUUUGGGCAGAAAGUUUGCCUCCCACUACUUCAAAAAGUUCUGACUCUGAAACAACUAAGAAGCAAACAAGGACAAAGACCACAGAAGCCUUUUGUCUUCAGAAAGGUGGUGCUGUAUAACUAACAUCAGUACUGGAUACAGAAGAACAGAUAAGAAGAAGACAGUGUUGGACUUGUUACAAUUACUGCAUCUCAUUAACAACACAAAAUCUCUGCUUAUGAUGAAGCUCCUUUGUUCUCUAGGGUGUUGUACCGUGUUAGCCAUUGUGAAUGUAGUGAGAAGUCAAGCAAAAUGACAU